AUGAAGUUACUAGUUUGUGUGUUUAGUUUAUUCGCCCUGGCGGCCGCCCAAGACAGCUUCAAGGAAUGUCUCGACAAGGAUUCGAUAUCCUGUGUGCAAAUGAUGUUUUACCGUCGAGCGCGCGAAUUCUUUGACCAACCUCAGAUCAGCCUCGCAGGUGGAUUGUCAUUCGUGAAAGCCGCCGGACGCGAUUCUCGCUCGUUUAACGCCGACAGUGCCAUGAUCGAAUCCGCCAACAAUGUGGAAACCCGCGAGGAAGCACUGGAAAGUUACGUGCUCGAGCGCACCAAGAACUUCUUCCAGGAGCGUUCGCUGAAUCUGGACAUGGCCAAUGCCGCCCGUAGCCUUUCCACCGUGAUUCCCGAGGACGUGAAAUCGUCGAUGCGAGCCAUGGUUUCCGAGGCUCGUGGCAAGAAGAAGUUGCUCAAGUCCCUGCUGCCGAUUCUUGGCCUUGUUAAGCUAAAGAUCGUGGGUCUGGCCAUCUUGGCUCUGUUCGGCAUUGCCCUGAUCGCCAAGAAGGCUUUGAUCGUGUCCGUGAUCGCCCUAGUCCUGUCCAAAUUCCUAUUCCUGAAGAAACUGCUGUCCAAAAAGGAUGACUCUCACAGUGGUGGCUACCACGGAGGUUCUUCCGGAUGGGCUGAAUCCAGCGGAUAUGGCGAUUAUGGUUCCCACAGUCAGCCUGCUCACUCGAUCGCCUAUGCCGGUCACAAGCCAGUCCGAAAGUAA